GCCCUCCUAACAGGGACAUUGUGCACACUCUAAAAGUAGCACCACUCUAACUUCAGAGUUGACUUGGCGGCAGUGGAAUCUAACAGGAGUAUGUCUGUGGGCAAGUGUUUCGUGUUUUUGGGGUCCUUGACUUUUCUGUGGACAACGAACGGAGCAGAUGCUGUGGACUGUCUUUUAAAUGAGGGCUGCAUCUUACCAUGCACAUUUGAAUUUGGUGAAGAAGUAAUCAUCCACUGGAUUCAGUUACCCAACACUCCAGCCCACUCCUACUACCGCAAGCAGGACCAGCUCACCCACCAGAACCCGCGUUUCAAAAACCGAACAUCGCUGUUCACAAACCAGAUCUCUGGAGGAGAUGCCUCGCUCCAACUCACAGGGGUGACAAUUCAGGAUGAAGGCAGAUAUAAAUGCUACUCCAGUACGGUCGAUCACAAUAAAGAAUCCUUCAUCAGCCUAAAUGUAUACGCUCCGGCCUGUAAACUGAAAAUUCAUCAGGAUGGAAAAAGGAUCACCUGCAGCUCAGAGGGGAUGUACCCUAAGCCGGAGAUCACCUGGUCCACUGACCCUCCGUCCAACCAGGCCAUGAAAGAAAAUACCAGAGUGCAGCAGAUCGGACAGCUUUACAACAUCAACAGUUAUCUUACCUCAGUUACUGAUGUGGGGUACACGUGCACCGUCAGCACGAGCAGAAACAAGAUGACGGCCACGUUGUUUAAACAAACUUUCCUCAUCAGUUCCAGCAGUGAAACAACAAUGCCCUGCAGCUCAUCAGAGAGCCCUCGAACAGGCUUCAUCUGGAGGUUCAACCACAGUCAGAUCAUCGUGAAUGAUGGGACUGUGAUGAAGGAGUGGAGGCAGCAGGUGAAGAGUGUGUCUGAGUCUGGAGAUCUCACACUAAAGGAUUUACCGGUAGAUUACGAGGGGUUAUACACCUGUGAGAUCAGUAAUGCUGAAGGGACAAACGUGACCAACACCUACCUGAGGAUAGAGAAGAGUCAAGUUUCAGCUCUGACAGGUGGACAGACUGCAGGCAUUGUAUUUGGAGUUGGAGUUGGAGUUGCUUUGGUUAUUUUGGCUGCAGUCGCGGUGGUUCUCUACAUAAAACGUGAAAAAAAACCAAAGGCAGAAGGAGACAAUCAGGCAGAAGGAGACAGUCCUACAGUAAGAUACAGUCCUGUUAACGUCAGUGAACCAGCAGCAGGAGAUGAACAGAUACCUCAGGAAGUGAAUCAGUCAUAUGAAGCAUUUGAAAACGAAAGCAGCACUACAACCCACAGCUCUGCUGUUGCAGACCGACAGGUAUCCUGUAUGUUCAAUGAGAGCUGCAUCUUACCGUGCACCUGUGAGGGUGAUCCUGUUGAACCACUCAUCCACUGGUACCAGGUUUCAACAGGAAACACUAGGGUCCACUCUUUUUACGACAAAGAGGACCAGACAGGCGACCAGGACCCACGCUUCAAAGGCAGGACGUCACUGUUCAGGGAUCAGAUAUUUAGCGGAAACGCAUCGCUGAAACUGACAGGGGUGAAGAUUGAGGAUGAAGGCAGAUACGAGUGCUACUUCAGCUUCAAAGAAGGCAACCAUAAUAAGUCAGAUAUCAACCUAACAGUGGACGCUCCAAUUGUUAAAGUGGACAUUCAGCGAGCAGAAAACCAGAUCAUCUGCAGCUCAGAGGAGAUCUAUCCUGAGCCUCAGCUCACCUGGUCCACUGACCCUCAGUCCAACGAAACCCUCCACAACAAAACCACGGUCCACCAGACUGAACAGAAGCUGUACAACAUCCACAGUUCUCUGAACGUCACAGAUACUGAUAAGAACUACAUCUGCACCGUCAGCACCCGCAGAAACAAGAGGGCAGCCACUUUGGUUAAACCAACUUUCCUCAAUAGUUCCAGCAGUGAAACAACAAUGCCCUGCAGCUCCUCAGAGAGCCAUCGAACAGGCCUCAUCUGGAGGUUCAACCACAGUCAGAUCAUCGUGAAUGAUGGGACUGUGAUGGAGGAGUGGAGGCAGCAGGUGAAGAGCGUGUCUCAGUCUGGAGAUCUCACACUAAAGGAUUUACCGGUAGAUCACGAGGGGUUAUACACCUGUGAGGUCAGUAAUGCUGAAGGUACAAACGUGACCAACACCUACCUGAGGAUAGAGAAGAGUCAAGUUUCUGCUCUGACAGAUGGAGAGACUGCAGGCAUUGGAGUUGGAGUUGGAGUUGCUUUGGUUAUUUUGGCUGCAGUCGUGGUGUAUCUCUGCAUAAAACGAAGGGCACUAAGAUGUAGUCCUGUUAACGUCAGUGAACCAGCAGCAGGUGUUCCACUUCAACUAACAGGUAAUGGAUGUAACGGUGGACCCACCGAAAAUCCUCAACACGCAGUAGGAGACAAUCGGGCAGAAGGAGAAAGUCAGGCAGUAGGAGACAGUCAGGCAGUAGGAGACAGUCAGGCAGUAGGAGACAGUCAGGCAGUAGGAGACAGUCAGGAAGCAGGAGAAAGUCAGGCAGUAGGAGACAGUCAGGCAGUAGGAGACAGUCAGGAAGCAGGAGACAGUCAGGCAGUAGGAGACAGUCAGGCAGUAGGAGACAGUCAGGCAGUAGGAGACAGUCAGGAAGCAGGAGAAAGUCAGGCAGUAGGAGACAGUCAGGCAGUAGGAGACAGUCAGGCAGAAGGAGACAGUCCUGUUAACGUCAGUAAACCAGCAGCAGGAGAUGAACAGACUCCACUAACAGGUAAUGGAUGUAACGGUGGACCCACCGAAAAUCCUCAACACGAUACCUCAGGAAGUGAAUCAGUCAUAUGAAGCAUUUGAAAACGAAAGCAGCACUACAACCCACAGCUCUGGUGGAAAUGAAGAAAAUGUAUUACCCUGAAGAGAACGACUGUACUACGUGUUAUGCACUUUAUAAGUACGCAUAAACAGAGCUGCAAAAAAAUGCACCGGGAAUUGAAGGAUUAAAAAGCACUUAAGUGGGACUACGAUGUUAUCCAUUAACUCAGGGAAAGACCUUCGGAUGAAGCUGAGGCUAUUUCUUUUGAGAGACUUUGGCUUUUAACGGCAAUGCAUGCUGCUGCUGCUCCUCUGUCAGAAGGCAUCUGUUUAUAGAAACAAGCACAAAAACAAACUUAGACAGAAAAAACGGGAACUACUAUGUUUUUUAUCGUCUCAAAAUAGUUACUGGGUGAACCGUGUUUUGAUUGUGUUAGAGAAUAUUUUGUCUUUAUGGUUAAUUAAACCAAAAUUCGAGGCUCAGCAAAGGGCCCAUUUUUCUAUGAAUAAAAUAAAUGGGGCAGUAACAAGGGUACAUACAUGCUCAUAAAAAGAGGUGGAGAGCAAGCCUCUGCAGGGCAGCUGCUUAAAGGAACUGAUUAAUGGUUUUCAAUUAGAAUGCACACUAUCACAGGAUGUCCGCCAUUUUUUGAAAGACAUGACUCUGCAUUUUUUAGGGAUUUAAAGCAUUUUUUGUUAAUAUUUGGGUGGUUAGUUGAAGUGUUAAACUGUGGUACUGUCUGUGAAGUGUUUCAAACUUUCAGUAUUUCAUUGUAUUUUUGGUUUGUUUUGGGGGGUUUUAACUUAUGAAUAAAAAUCGAUCGAACUCG